ACAUGUCAGCGCCGCGACUGAUCGUCAACAAAUUGAUCUCGAGCACUAAUCCAGGUUAAGCUAACGCAACCACGAACCGGAAGCGCCGCCCUACAUCCGCCAAAAUACAACUCGACGCGCCUCCUUGCACCGGAAGUGUGACUUUAACUUUGAAAAGUGCAUGGCGACGGCAAAAAAAAAAAAGAAAAAGUUUUCCCUCCUCUGACUUUGACACAAAGUGAGUGGGGUUCGGGAGGACGGUUUGAGAACGAGGCGAAGCGAACUUUGCAAGUCCGCCCCCUUGCAGCGCUCUUCACCGGCACGGUCGCCUACCGGAUGCCCGCCGCGCGAGCACCCACGACCGGCUUGCUUUCGUGGAGUCUCGCUGUCACAACUUUUCCUUUAAAAAAAAAAAAAAAAAAACCCAAAACAAAACAUGGAUUUCUGGCACCUGCGGACGGAUUGAACAAAGUUCUGCCACUUCUUGCCGGACGCUGAUCUGCUACGAAGAAGCCAUUUGAGCGACUUUUUGGGAGCGAGUUGCGCGAGGGGGACAUGCAAAAGUUGAAUGCCCACGGGAGCGGCACGCUGCCCCGGCUGGCCGACGGUGACGGGGCCGCGGAGGGGAAGGAGAACGGUGCUGGCAAGCAUUUCCUCAGCAGAGCCGAGGAGGAGGAGGACGAGGACAGCUCCAUCUGCAGCAAGAGGAAGAUGCUCGUCGGUUUGGAUCUCGUAUGCCUGUGUGUCGCCUCCAUCCCAUUCUUUGCGUGCGAGCUGAAGGCGGUGACGCCGUACAGACGAGGGUUCUUCUGUGGGGACAGCAGCAUAACGUAUCCCUACGUGGAGAGAGAGGCUAUCCCAGAUUUCCUGCUCAUCGCUGGUGGAAUAGCCAUCACUGGCCUCACGAUCGCACUGGGCGAAUGUUUCCGAGUCCGUUUCCGAGGCGUACGCUCGAGGGCGUUUGUUGGCAACCGCUACGUUUCGUGCCUGUACAAAGAGCUGGGGAGCUUCUUCUUUGGUUGCUGCGUGGGUCAGUCGCUCACCAACAUGGCCAAGCUAAGCGUGGGACGCCUGCGACCUAACUUUCUGGCUGUCUGUAAUAUCACUUACGCGUCCAUCAACUGCACGCCCGGCAGCUACGUGUCCCAGGUGAGCUGCCGGCAGCCCAACCUCAAGAUGGUCGAGGAGGCAAGGAAGUCAUUUUUUUCCGGGCACGCAUCCUUCGCCAUGUACACCAUGCUCUAUCUAGCAUUUUACCUGCAGGCUCGGUUGUCAUGGCGAGGGGCUCGACUGCUGCGUCCUCUCAUACAGUUCAUCUUGGUGAUGAUCGCCAUCUACACUGGGCUGAGCCGCAUCUCGGACUACCGCCACCACCCCACCGAUGUCCUCACGGGCUUCAUUCAAGGAGGGCUCACUGCAUACUGGGUGGCCUUCUACAUCUCCUCCAUGUUUAAGCCUUGCACUCGUCCAGACCUGUCUCCCACUAGCAUGUCCCUGGAGAGUCCUCUAUCCAGCCAGCAGACUGUGUGCUAGCAUGCGACGGCUCCGCAGAUGCGACUGACGAGAGAGAGUCGACGAAUGUCCUAAAGCGUCGGUGAUGAGCUGAGAGGAGAAUAUUUCUUUUUGUUCAAGAAAGGGAAUCGUUCCAAGAUGAUGAAAUGUUGAUGGAGUAAAAUCUAACACACUGACACAAUCAGUCACGCGGCAGCGAUGUAACCUGCUGUCACACAAGAAGCACAAGUCAAACCCGUCCAGUGGGAAGAACUGCGUAGUGAUAUUAUAGUUUUUAUUUUCUUUUAUAUUGAAAUAAGAAAAGAUGUUUUUAAAAAAAAAAGUAUAUUUUUCCAGAGGAUUAUUAGAAGCUGCUAAUAUUGAUAGUUAAACAGUUGUUUUUAUCUGUGGUGGAGGUCAAGUGCGCUCAGUCAGCCGUCCAAGCCGAACUUUGGUGUCUAAAAAAAAAAAAAAAAAAAAAAAAAAAAUGCGUCUUCCUCAAAGAUGGCGCUCGCCUGCUGUGACUUGAUGCCACCGGGCCUCCGAUAUCAAGAGACAAACACUUGCUGACGAGAAACAAGCACUGGCUUCGACUUCUUUAGCCUGGCUGAUGCAGUCAGGCUGCCCCUCCCACUAAAUGACCACGAUAACUAAAAAUGAUAUACAUUGUUUCUGUACUAACCACUUUGAUCGUGUCUCAGAGGCAAAGGUUUGACUGAAUUUUCGCAAUUUUGGUUCCCAAACUCGGCCUCUGAGCUGAACCUUGAUUUGCGUGAACCCCUCUUUUAUUAGGAGCACUUGAACGUACAUAACGGAACCUUAUAAUUAUUAUCAUCCAUAUUAUAUAUUGUAUGACAAGUUGAAAAAGAAAAAGAAAAAAAUAAUCAGUGUUUAUAUUUGUCUGGCUCACUUUGGUUUGUACGGAGACGUUUUAGGGCUACAUUGAAAAUAAAAUACAGUAAAUACUACUACUAUGAUAAUGAAGUCAUAGAAUUACAAGUACAGCAACACAAUGUACUUGCGUGAAGCUGAGGAUUGCUGAGGAUGUCAAGUUAAACUUUCGUAUAAGUUUCAUAAACAAUGAAAUAGUCGAUGUUUUGGCACAUUAACAACACUUUAUUCGUGAAAAUUAAGUUAUUCUUUCUAGUUUUUUUUUUCUUGUAAUACAAAAACUUUAUUCUUUAUUAAUUGUUUAUGACUUUUCAUUGUGGCCCUAUGACUCAUUGGUGGCAUUGUGGUUUUGUUCUCCCGUGAAAUGAUUAUUAUUCCAAUUGAAUGUAAAUAGUCUGUGUCAUUUUAUAAACCACACAAUUUCAUGAGUGUUAGUUCGUGUGACAAUGUUGUUUUCUUUACAUGUACGUAUGUUGAUCAGGUACGGAAAUAUUUGUAUGUGUUGUAACAACUAGACUGAGCCAUAGAUUAUCAGAAAGCGGUUAUUGUAUUCCCACAUAUUGUUUGUUUCGUCUGUGAAGGCCAGAAAGGCACAAAUAACCACUGUACUUGGGAGGAGAAAAAACAAAACAAAAAAAAACAAAAAAAAAAAACCAAACCAAUAAAAUGAAUGUUGAAUGUU